AUGAUAUCAGAUACCAUCCCUAAAAGAGAUUUAGCAAACGAAUUACUAGAAAUUUACAAAAAAGGAUGUGACAAUUUAGAAGACGAUCGAGAAAUAGAAGUAGAGGUGAAAAAAUGGUUCAAAACACACAGUGAAUCACCAUCACAUAUUUUUAAGAUGAUACUUGAGCGAAGCGACGAUGAAACAGACUACAAAACUCUUUUAGCAUUUAUGUAUUGUCUGGGCAUAGGAACAGAAGUUGAUAAGUUUGAAAUGUUUCGAUAUUAUUUGAUGGCUGCGGAACAAGAGGAUCCAGUUGCUGCGAAUCAAACAGGAUGGUGCUUUUACGAUGGA